CAGAACACAACUACAGAAAACUCAGAUGGGGCUUGACACCGCUAAAAUGGACCUAUGCAGAAAAGUAUGGUCGGCGCGCAAACUGCUUGUGGUUGCCCUGAUUCCGCUGUCGCUACUACCCCUGCCCCUCAUCCACCCGAGCAGUGAGUCUUCCUGUGCCUACGUGCUGAUCGUGACAGCGGUGUACUGGGUGUCCGAGGCUGUGCCUCUGGGAGCUGCAGCGCUGGUGCCUGCAUUUCUGUACCCAAUGUUUGGGGUCCUCAAGUCAAGUGAGGUGGCUGCGGAGUACUUUAAGGACACCACUCUGCUGCUGAUGGGGGUGAUCUGUCUGGCUGCCUCUAUAGAGAAAUGGAACCUGCACAAACGCAUCGCACUCCGCAUGGUCAUGGUGGCAGGGGCCAAGCCGGGCAUGUUGGUGCUGGGCUUCAUGAGCUGUACGGUGUUCUUGUCCAUGUGGCUGAGUAACACCUCCACCACUGCUAUGGUAAUGCCCAUCGCCGAGGCCGUGCUUCAGCAACUCAUCUACACGGGCAUCGCAGACUCCCAUGAUGACUCCGACACCAUGGACACGCAAGAGGAUGAAAGCGGUGAAGAGACUGUGAGCAAGAAUCAGUUUGAAUUAAACCGUAAAAACAGUUGUGAGAAACGUGAUCUUUGCACGGUGGCAGAGGUAAGACCUGACAUCAUCAGAACUGUGACGUUACGUCAUCAGAGCCGUGACAGUCCUUUCUCUGUUUUCCUUUUGUCUAUUCCACAGAAAGCCAGUGGAUUUGGAGUGAAACCGGGACAGGGUCCAGAUGUCCCAAAGGAGACUAACGGGUAUUUAACUGAGACUGCAGUUGACAUUCCCAUGCCAAAGAAACCCAAGAUUCAGAGGAACUCGCUAUAUCCCACCAAAAGAGAUCACAUGAUCUGCAAGUGUCUGUCUCUCAGCAUCACCUACGCAGCCACCAUUGGGGGCCUUAUUACCAUUACAGGCACCUCCACCAACAUGAUCUUUGCAGAGCAGUUUAACAACCGAUACCCAGAGGCUAAGUUCAUCAACUUUGGUACCUGGUUCAUCUUCAGUCUGCCUAUUGCCCUGGUGAUGCUGGUGUUGACCUGGAUGUGGCUACACUUCUUGUUUCUUGGAUGCAAUUUCAGAGAGACUUGUUCUUGGAGUAAGAAACGCAAAACCAAGCGGGAGGUUCUCUCGGAGAAACGCAUCCAUGAGGAGUACCAGAAGCUCGGUCCCAUCAGCUAUCCUGAGGUCCUGACGGGCCUCUUCUUCGUUCUGAUGACCUUACUGUGGUUCACAAGGGAACCUGGAUUCGUCCCUGGCUGGACAUGCUUGUUUGAGAAGAAGGGUUACAGGACGGACGCGACGGUCUCAGUGCUGCUCGGCUUCCUCCUCUUCCUCAUCCCUGCACGCAAGCCCUGGCCAUCAGGAGGCUCCAGUCAUGGAAAAGACUCGGGGGACAGUGCCGAUGAGGACGAAGGAGACCCCUUGGCACCCAUGAUCACAUGGAAAGACUUUCUGCGACUAAUGCCCUGGGAGAUUGUUAUCCUGGUCGGUGGGGGGUACGCGCUGGCCGCAGGAUGUAAGGUAUCAGGGCUCUCCGUGUGGAUUGGCCGGCAGCUGGAGCCAAUGAGCGGCCUGCCGCCGUGGGCCGUCACGCUGCUCGCCUGCCUGCUGGUGUCUGCCGUGACCGAGUUCGCCAGCAACCCCGCAACCCUCACUGUCUUCCUGCCCAUCCUCUCGGCUCUGUCGGAGACUCUGCAGAUAAACCCCCUGUACACACUCAUCCCUGCCACCAUGUGCGUGUCCUUUGGAGUCAUGUUGCCUGUGGGAAACCCACCCAACGCCAUCGUGUUCAGCUACGGCCACCUGCAGAUCAGUGACAUGGUUAAGGCUGGUUUUGGUGUGAACCUGAUCGGAGUUUUGGUGGUCAUGCUGGCCAUAACCACAUGGGGUGUACCGCUUUUCCAACUGACCGAGUUCCCUGCCUGGGCUAUAGCGAGAAAUGCUACUGGCAGCUUGUAGCCACCGGAGGGCGACAAAGCGUUUGCCAAAGCGUGCGGGCAUUUAGUUUUUCUACCCGACAUAAAGAAAUAGACGCUUAUACAGGGCGUUUUAAAUGGUCACUGAAAGAGGUACCGAGGGAACCCCGCCCCCACCCCCACCCCCAAAGAGGGCAUGUUGCAUCACCGUUUACAUUAUGGCGAGUGUAGAAUGAUCCGAGUUAUCUUGCAGACCCAUAUACCAUUUACAAUAAAAAUAAAAACACAAAGGAAUAAGAAAAUAGUAAACUGAUGUUUGCUUUUGCACCAAGUUCAUUUAAAAUAUAUGCACAUCAACUCCGUUACGUUCCAGUGUUGUCCAGACUCGUGUCGAGUGUGUUUAUGAGCGUUUUGAGGGAAAUGACUGUAGAUUAUCAGUUUGCUUUUACAAGGUGAAGUUGGGAAUGCCGUAUGUUACGCUGUAUGCCUUACCGUGUUCUGUCUAUAAUUCAUUUAGACAGCAGUCAUAAUACUGCAAACAUUUAUAAAAAGGUCACAAACUGCUGUAAAUACAACAAACUCACUAUCAUGCAAUGUCCGUGAAAUUACUUCCAAAUCAUUGUAAACAUUUUUUUUAUUUGUUUGCAAUGAACCUGUUCCACUGAACUUCAUAUUACAAAACAACAAAUUUUGUGUUGCACAUUAAAAAAAAAAAUCACACUUUACACAAACGA